CUACCAAUUGCAAUGCGCGUAGAGGUCACGUGAUUCUCCACGAACGCUCUCGCGAUCUGUCACUGCUUCGAAAUGGUCAUACUAAAGGGAAUCCCGUCAAUACUCACGCCUGAAUUAUUGUAUGUUUUGGCGCAAAUGGGUCACGGAGACGAGCUGGUUCUCGCAGACGCAAAUUUUCCGACCUCUUCUGUUUGUAAAUGCGGUCCAGUGGAGAUAAGAGCCGACGGUGUGGGUAUACCUGAACUUCUGAAGGCAAUACUAAAGCUUUUUCCUCUUGAUACCUAUGAUGAUCCGGCAGCCGUCAUGGACCGUGUGCAGAGUGACAAAUUAAAGGGUCUGCAAGUGCCCGUAUGGGACCAGUACUCUGACCUCCUGAAACAAGCAGGAUCAGAUGGUAACUUCAGGUUUGUCGAGCGGUUUGCAUUUUAUGAGCGUGCCAAGAAGUCGUUUGCUGUAGUGGCAACUGGGGAGACUGCACUUUAUGGAAAUCUCAUAAUCAAGAAAGGUGUCAUUCCUCCUGGUGAAGAGUGCUGAAGGCUGUUUGCUAGUUUUUACACCAAGUUGCAAUAGAUAACGCACAUAGAAUAGAAUACCUUUGCGUAAAUAAAGAUUGUGUAUAUAAA